CAGUAUGGAGCAGCUCCCCAGUUUCCCUUGACUCUCAUGACUUUGACAUUUUUGAAGAUUCCUGGCCAGUUGUUUUGUAGAGCUGAACUGGGGUUGUCAGAUUUCUUCACUACUGUUAUGGGCAGAGCACCCACCCUGGAGCCAUGGUCCACGCUUUCCUCAUCCACACCUUACGGGCCCCACAGGCUGAGGACAUAGGCCUUUGCCGAGUGCUCUACUCCUGCGUCUUUGGUGCCGAGAAUUCACCAGAUGAUCCACGACCACACGGUGCUGAGAGAGACAGGCUUCUCCGCAAGGAGCAGAUUUUGGCAGUGGCCAGGCAGGUGGAGUCCAUGUGCCAGCUGCAUCAGCAGGCCUCUGGCAGGUCUCCCACAGACCUGCAGCCUCAGUUCUCAGAUGAGCCGGUGCUCCUGCAUGAGGCCCCACGAGGGGCCUUCUGCCUGGCGGCAGGGGACCCUUUCCGGGAGCCUCGGACGGUUGUGUGGCUGGGUGUGCUCUCAUUAGGCUUUGCCCUGGUGUUGGAUGCCCAUGAGAACCUGCUGCUGGCCGAGGGCACGCUCCGGCUGCUGGCACGCCUCCUUCUCGACCACCUCCGGCUGCUGACCCCCGGCUCCAAUCUCCUGCUGCGGACUGACCGAAUCGAGGGCAUCCUUGCCCGCUUCCUGCCCCAUGGUCAGCUCCUCUUCCUCAACGACCAGUUUGUCCAGGGUCUGGAGAAGGAAUUCAGUGCUGCCUGGCCCCGAUGACCCCUCCGAGAGGGCAUGGAGGAAGGUCAAGGAUGUUCGGACACACAGCCAGGUAAAACUUGGCAUCUACCUCCUACCCAGCCUGCUCCCAGCUCUGGUGUGCUGCCACACCCAGGACAAAUAGAUGGGACAAGCUGGCAGAAAAGGGAGCAGGGCAGAAGGUGAAGGGGAGGAAUCACGGAACAUUCUGUGCCUGGAGCUGCUACAGUGGGCCAGCCCCUCUUGUCUUUGAGUCUACUUUCUCCCAUCCCUACCAGCCAGCCCCAUAAAGUCCACCAGUCCCUAGUGCUGGGGUGGUGAGGAGCGGCUGCCUGGAACUUGGCCCACCUUUCUCCAAACCCACAGUCAUAACAGUGCAAAAAGAGUCUGAGACUCAGCUCCACCACAGUUCACAAAUAUGGCAGUCAUUCAGGGGGAUUCUGUAGGUUCUUUUGGGCCCAGCCCAUGCACACUGAGCAGUCUCAAGAUAAUCAUGGGCUUGCUCUACAGGGAGAGAAGGUGCUGUCGGAUGGGUGCAAGGAUUCUGGCCUGGAUGAUGUUAUCUUUCUUAUUUUGAAUUAAAAGCACCACUGUAUGAUUUUGUCCCAACCCCUGUGGGUCAGGGACCCAAAAUCAUGGUGGUUCUGCUCAGUGUUGCUUGUGCCAAUAGAAUGAAACUGGUAAAGCAGAUCAGAAAGUUUAUUCGUUGGCCAAGUGAUUGAGAAGGAUGAGUUAUGUUUAAAAGAUCCCUUCUAGCCCUGGCCAGUUUGGCUCAGCGGUUGGCACAUCGGCCUGCGGACCAG